CGCACCCCUUCCACGUCCGGCGGCCGGCUCUCGGCGUGCCCCCGCCCGCCGCCCGAGGGUCGCCAACCAGUAGAGCAGGCUGCCCAGAGCCACACUGAUUCUAUGAUUCUAUGUUGUGGGGCCGUGGAAAGUCGGUGACAGCGGCUGACAGGAGGGAGGCUGCGAGCGCCACUGGGGUCUGUGCACGGAGCAGCCAGCUGAGGCAGUGGGGCGCAGCGGAUGGACGUUGAGAGUAGUGCCACAGGCCCGGGCCGCGGCUGCCAUAACAACGCGGAGGACGCCGGCACCGAACGGGACGCGAAAGACGGUCCGGACAUGCCCUUCACGGAGCGCGCCUAUUUCCCGGCGGGAGCGGCCGCGGCCGGCUCUGGAUCGUUUCCCGCCUUCCAGUUCCGCGGGCGCCAUGAGGGCCCGGACUGGCGGCGGCUGAGCGCCGUGGACGUGGGCCGGGUGUGGCGGGAGGGCGACGUGGCGGCCCUGCAGGAGCACCUGGAGCACGUCACCUUCUGCAGCGCCGAGCGGGAGCGCUGCCCGCACUGCCAGGGCCCCGCAGACCCGCUGCUGCUCAAGCUGCUGCGCCUGGCUCAGCUGUGCACCGAGUACCUGCUGCACUCUCAGGAGUACCUGAGCGCCCAGCUCAGCAGCCUAGAGGAGGCUCUGUGCGCGGCCCAAGCCCAGCGCGACCGCCUGGCCGAGGAGGUGGCCCAGCGUGCCCAAGAGGUCAAGGGGCUGAAGGAGGAGUGCCGGCGCAGGAAGAAGAUGAUCAGCACCCAGCAGAUGAUGCUGGAGGCCCGAGCUAGCUACCACCAGUGUCAGUUCUGUGAGAAGGCUUUUAUGAACUAUUCCUUUUUACAAGGUCAUAUGCUAAGGCGUCAUCCAGAAGAAUCUCAGAUUGCAGAACAAAAGAGGAAAGCGAAGACAGACAAAUUGCAGGAUGAGAUUGAGAAACUGAAGGAGCAGUUGCAGCUCACCAAAUCCCAGUUAGAAGCAGAACAGCAAGCUAACAUGGUCAGAUUUUCCAAGGAAUGUGAACAGCAAAAAUCAAAAGAAGAAGAAAUUCUACAAUCAUUUCAUAAAUGGAAAGAAGAAGAAAAAGCCAAAUUGGCUGAUGAAAUAGAAAAAGUGAAAGAUAUGUUUAUGAAAGAGCUUAAGGAGUUGUCUUCGAGAAAUUCAACAUUAGAAAAUCAACUGUUAGCAUUACAAACAUCCAGUAUGCAGAAAUCCAAUUUAGGGACACUGAAGGACAGCCAUGAAUUCAUGGAAGAGAAGCCUCAGAGUACUCAGGAUUAUCACAAAGUGGUUAAACUUCUUGAAAAACAGGAAAGUAAAUGGACGUCUAGAAUACAAGCCCUUCGUCAAGAUCAUGAAACAGAAAAGUCCCUGCUCCUAUCACAGAUUGAGAAGCUUAAAUCAUCAGUGAGAGAAGACCUGAAUAAAAAUAACACCUUUUACAAGAGAAGGAUAGAAGAAUUGGGAGAGAGGCUUCAGGAACAGAACGAUCUGAUUAUUACACAAAAGAAGCAGAUAAAAGAGUUGUCCACAAAAUCAGUUGCGAGCAUCAAACCCUCUCAUACAAACGCUGCAGUUGAGCAUCUUGAAGAAUCUAAAUCAAGUCUACCUGUGAUGUAUGAGCAGGCCCCCUUGGUACAUAUGCUGGAGCCCAUAGAGGAGCUUUCAGAAGAGGAAAAAGAAAUCGAGAAAGACGAACUUAAAACAGGUAGAAGUAACCAACAUUUAAUAAAUGCUUUGAAGACUGAUCCUUCUUUAACUAAAGAAUUAAGAGUUGUUUUGGAGCAAGCCCUGGAGGAAAAACUGGAAUCCUUGGGAAUCAAAGCAGGUGUCCGUGGUAUCCCGAAUGAUCGCUUAAAUAAAAUCCUGCGUGCCAUUGAAUCUGCUAGAGAGCACAAACUGAAGCAAGAGCCUGACAUUCAACGAAUUCGAGAGUAUCUUGAACGCCAAGUCAGCUUUAGGGUUGUAGAGAGAUCAACAUUGUCUAACAGAACUGUUUCCAGUCCUUACAUUCCUUCUGAAGGUAAACAGAAGUUCAAUCAAUUGGGAAUUUCCUCCUCUGCCAUACCACAAAAACCAGUAAAACGGUCUUUGACAGCUGUCCGCCCAGCUGAACAAAGAGCUGAGAAUACAUCUACACCAAAAACUCCACCAUUCAGUUCAGAGGAAGAAGCAGAUGAAGAUGAUGUCAAACAGUUGCACGUAUCACGAGAAUUGUUGCAAAAGCAGUCAAAAACAUCGAGCAGCAAAGUCAGUGCUUUUCAGAUGGCUUCUGACAAAAGUGAUCUGGAUGGGACAGAGGAAAGUGAAACUGAAGAAACAGGAACACCUGUCAAAACUUCAAAAGGAGCUGUUAUUCAAAAACUGGCUGAACAAGUUGGAAAGAGCCUUUCUAACCACGGAAAUAAGAGCAGGCCAGCCGGAGGGAUAGAUGUUGCACAAGCAUUUAUUAAGAAAGAAGAGGUGCAAGAACCCAAGUUCACAGAAGUAGAUGAAGAUGACUGGGAUAUAUCAUCUAUAGAAGAAGACUAUUUGUUGAUGAAAGAUAACAGUGGUCAGAAGGGAUCAACAGCUCAGAAAAAUGAGUCAAAUGCUGCAUCUGUUGUACAUGCUUGGGGUCUUCCAAAGAAGACUGUGCCAAAACAGGAAGGUCCUCGUGAGGCUGAUAAUACAAGCACAUUAAAAAGCAGCUUAGUCACCGUCACAGAUUGGAGCGAUUCUUCAGAUACAUAAUAGCUGUAUUCCUGAUGGGAGGUGCUGCUUUUUGGAUUCUGUUGAGUUUGAAAAUGUAAUUGAAAUCAUCAAGUAUUUCCUGCUCAUUUCUCAUGCUGUUCAAGUGACAACAAUGAAUACUGCUUACAGAGCUCUUGUGUCUUUCAGUCCUCAGUUUGUACAGAGAAUUUUCAUAUGCACAUCGCUGGCCAUCAGUAUUUGGAAACUGAGAAAACUGUUCUUCCUUGUGAAGUCUGUGGUGAAAAUCCUUGAUUUCGCUGAGGUGAAGAUUUUGCCUCUAAUGUUUACUUUAAAGACCAAACCUGGUCUUAGAAGAAAACCUGUUCACCAGUGAGCAGAAUUUACUGCAGAGUAUUACUUUGUAAGAUUUUUUAAAUGCAUAUUUUCUUGUAUUUUAUCAUAAACUUUAUAGAAAAUGGUGAGCAUUUCAAAUAGACUGUUUCCAUGUAUUAAGUGUUAAGUUUCUAACAUGGUUUACAAUAAAUGCCAAAGGGGAAAAACAGGCCUCAUAAAUAAAAGUUAUUACUAAAUGCCUCCUCUUUGUGAAGUUACCCUUUCCACCCAUAUAAGAAUCAACUCUUAGUUAACAUAAAAGCAAAAAAACACUUCAAUCUGUUGUAAGGAAAAAUAAUGCCCUUCAGUUGAGCACAUACAUCCAUAUUUGUUGUGUGCCCACUUUCUUGAAAAGACACAGUGAAGUUUUGACUUAAAUUCAAAAAUAGGCAAAAGAAAAAGAGCCAUGAGUGACUUUGUAAUUCCAGUGUAUUUUAGGUGGUGUCAGAUACAGAAUUUUCUGUAUUGCUGUGCCAUUAAUAAAUUGGACUUAUCUCCUGUUUGUUUUUGCACCUUUGUCCCCAAAUAGCCAUGGUGGUGAGAUUCCAAGGGGGCAUCUGUUCAAACCUCAUGGCAGACCUGACUUUCUGCCUAAUUUUAGCAUCUUAGUCUAGAAACAGAGAUUUAUAAUCUCUGACCUUCUUUAUUGAAUCAUUGUAUAAAUGUUAUCUCGACACUCAUGAAAUCUCUGUAGACAGGCACAGAAAACGGAUGAGUUGAAUUUUUGAACUGCUGUAAUCAAGAUUAUCCAAAAUGGUUCUUUUUAGUACUCUCUGCUGCACUAUGACAGCACUGCAGGGAUUUCAUUCCCAAUGCAAGCCACCUGGUAUUCCAUUCUUGUUCUUUCUUCAGUUUCUUAACCCGGUUAUUUGCAGCCACUCGGGAGCCAAGGCUGGCUUGGCUGAGCAGAGAUCUGUAUUAGGGGGAAAAAGAAAGGCUAUGGCCACUGGAAGUCAGGUCAGGAAGGGCUACAGAGGUGGUGUUUGCUGCUGUAGAGAGAAAAUUUAUGUGGCCAUAGCUCAAUGGGAGUUGAAUCUGGCCAGCACUGUGGGAGACAAACAAAAGGACUUUUUAUACACGUUAAUGGUGAAGGACCAGAGGUAACAUUACUCUGUUACGUGGUGAGGAUGGUUACCUCACAAGUAGGGCUGUUGACAAAGCAGAGACAUUUAAUGCCUCCUUUGCCUCUGUCUUUGAUACUGAUGGUGGGUUCUGGGAUUCCCAGAGCCCGGAGGUAGGUAAUAACAAACUCCCAGCUAAUCCUGAACUUGAAUGAGAUUUGCUCCUGCAGUUGAAGCCAUAUAGGUCUAUGGGUCUAAUGGGAUUUAUCCCAGGGUACUCAAAGAGCUGAUGCUGUUGCAAGUUCUCUCAUUUCUUUUUCAAUGGCUGGAAAUGUACAGAGGUCUCUGAGGACUAGAAACUGGCAAACAUUGUCUCAGUUUUCAAGAACGGCAUGAAGGAAGACCUUGGUAAUGUCAGCCUCACUUCGGUGCCUGGCAAGUUUAUGGAGAUUACUCUGGAAGCCAUUGAAAAACAUCUGAAGAGACAGUGCUGUCAUGGUCACAGCCAAUGAGUUCAGGAGGGGAAAGUUCUGUUCAAUGAAUUUAAUAUCCUUUUAUGACCAGGUUGCCCACGUAGUUGACCAAGGG